AUGACAAGUUCCGAAUCUAUGCAAGAUCGAUUAGGCAAAACGAAAGUAACAGCAGCAUUUUUCAAAAAAUUAGGUGAAAAAUUAAGAAAUUAUCAGCGAUAUCAGAAACCAAUCCAAUUUUCCGGGCAAUCAAUCACUCAUUCUUCUUCACUUGAUUUGAAUAGUAAUAUUAGACAUUCGAUGGAACCGAUAGCACCGGAAGAAAUACAAAGUACUGAAAAAAAUUUCGCUCAGCAAAUUGCUGAAGAAAAAUCAAAUUUGAAAGAAAAAAAGCAACAAAUUCAAAAGGAUAAUAGAAAAGAUAGGAAUGGAAGAAAGAAGAAAUUAGAAGAUAAUAAAAAAAUGAAAAGUCAAAGUAAACAAGAAAAUGAUGAAUUAAUUGAGAAGAAGAAAAAGACGAAAAAAAGGAAAUCAAUGAGUUCCGAGAAUAUUUCACGUAAACGCGAAGAUAAUUCUAAAUGUUUGACUGAACAAUCAAAACGUUCGAAUUCAGCAACGACUAUCAGCAAACAGUCACAAAGUGAUGAACAGAGUUUGACUGAAAGUAUUUCAAGCUCAAAAUCGUUAAAAUCAAGCACAAAAUCAAUCAGUCAAUUUGAUGAUGGCAUAAAAACUAAUUUUAACCUUGGCAACAAUAAUAUAUUAUCUAUUUUAAAAUCCAGAAGUGAUCCGGUUUGUUUUUUUUUAAAUAUAUUAUCCAUUUUAAAAUCCAGGAGUGAUCCGGAUGCAAUUAUUUAUGAUUUGCAAAAUCCAAAUGGUUGUAAAAUACAUUUGGAAAAAAUGGCUAAUCGAGCGAUGUUAUUAUCAGUGGAUGAUACUGGCAAACGUCUUUAUAUUAGCUGCAAUUUCUAA